AUGUCGCAACCCCAACCAGACCAGGCCAUCUUCAAACAACCCGAUCAGCCAAGUAGUAUCCGGGAACGUUCUCCGGACAGUCACGAUGUAGAAACGAACGAGCCGGAUGUGGCCGAGGUCGAGCGCAUCUACCGAAAGCUGGAUCUCCGGAUCAUUCCCGCGUUCUGGGUCCUCUACUUCCUCUGCUCGGCCGUGCGGUCCAACGUCGGUCUCGCGCAGACGAUGAACACGGACACCGAGCAUGAUCUAGGGUCUGUGCUGAAGAUGACCCCUCAUCAGGUCUCGACUGGUCUGGCGUUGUUCUACGUGUGUUACGUCGUCUUCGAUCUGCCGUCCAAUUUGAUCAUGACGCGCUUGAGCCCGCAUGUCUGGAUGAGCCGCAUUGUCAUCAGUGUGGGGGUGAUUGGGACUUGUCUGGCGGCUAUGAAAGCCGCCUGGAGCUUUUAUCUCCUCCGUCUUCUCCUAGGUGUCGUCAUCGCCGGUAUGUGGCCCGGAAUGGCCUACUAUCUUACCCUCUUCUAUCCUCCCUCUCGCACCGGAAAGCGUAUCGGCCAAUAUUACACCGCUGCGCAGAUCUCCGCUGCAGUCGUCGGCUUGGUGUCCGCUGGGUUCCAGAAGAUCGACGGCGAGCGAGGCUAUGUCGGCUUCCAGUGGAUGUUCCUGGUGUAUGGCGUCAUCACCAUCGCCGUCGGCAUCGUCUUGCUAUGGUGGCUGCCUGACCGGCCGACAAUCCCUGGGCAGGAGCCCGAGACGCGCAAAUAUUUCCGGUGGAUCCCACGCAGCGCCCCUGCGUUGACUGGGCGAGACGCCGAGAUCCAUUACUAUGAUCUGAAGCGCGCUUAUCACCGCCCGCGAUGGACGCUGAAGGACCUGCUGGGGGUGUUUAUGGAUUGGCGGCUGUGGCCGCUGCUGAUCAUGUACUUUGGAGUUGUGGGGGUGGGUAUCGGCGUGCAGAGCUACGCCAGUGUGAUCAUCCGUGCAAUCAAUCCGCAGCUGAGCGGGGUUGAACUGAGCUUACUGACGGCACCGAUUUGGCUGAUGGACCUAGCCGCCAUUCUCCUAGUCACACCAUUCUCCGACCGCUUCCACCAAUACCGAGCCGUCUUCUUCUCCAUCCCCGCAUGCCUCCAAAUCCUAGGUCUCCUAUUAACCACCUACGCCGGGACAGAAUCCAACCCAUGGCCACGGUACGGCGGCCUACUAAUCGUCGGCUUCGGCCUCGGCCCAACAGUACCCAUCACCAUGACCUGGACGUCGGAGAUUUUCCAACCGCGGCACGGCGAAGUCGGCGUGGCCGCCGCCUCAGCGGUGGUAUCAGGCUGGGGCAACCUCGGCAGCGUGGUCACGACGUACGCCCUGUACGAAGGGUGGGCGAGCGACUCGGCCGCCACAGGACGAGACAAGUACCGCAGGAGCAACCUGGUGAUGGUGGGGAUUCUGUGCGCGAGUAUUGUCGCGGCUAUAACGAUGGAGGUGCUCUUGAAGAUGAUGCGUCGUCGAAAUGGCGGGCAAGAUGAGGGCGAGGAUAAGAUUGUGGAUGGGGCCGCGCGGAGAGAAGCGCAGCAGCGGGGGCUGCAUGGGCUGGGAUCGAGUCUGGUUAACCAUGUCCGGGGGAAAUGA